AUGAAAGUAGAAUCACCUCAUUCGAACUAUCAGCCACUUAACAGCGAGGAAGGAAGGUGGUUUCACCGGAUACGAAACUUUAUUAUGGGAAUAAACGUGUUUUUAAUGGCAUUUGCAGUUAGUGGACUUGUCGUUGGUUUCAUAGAACUCGAUGAAAUCGACUCUGCCAUCAGGGAAAUAUGUUCUUCUUGUCAACACGCUCACGUCAUUUACAUGUCGAGUUUUGGUGCCCUUUUGUUAUUAUCUUUUCUGGGAUUUGUUGCCCUUCAUACGCGUAAGAGAUGUUUGAGGAUCUUGAACACUACGUGUUUGGUACUGGUGUUUAUUCCAUUAGUUUUCGGUUCAGUUUUAUAUGUUUUAAUGAGCACGGAGCACAUUAACAUGCAAUACGGGUGGAAUUUGGUGGUUGCUGAGCGCAGUGACGACAUGUGCAAGUUGGAGUUGCAAUGGAAAUGUUCUGGAUGGAAUAAACUAUGUGCAACUCAUUCCACUAUUGGUUUGAUAGAUUUAAAACCGCUGGAGGGGACCGAAAAGGAAAAUAUCAUUAAUAACUUAAGUGUCGUUACGAAUACCACGUCGUACUGCUCGGGGGCUGAUGAAAUAUGUGCUUGUCCAAUAUGCACUGAAGAUGACCAGAAAUAUAUUGAUAAGUUUGACCAAACGUGUGAAAUGGUUGUUAUGGGUGCACUGCGAUCACACUUGAUUGUAUUUCUUUUUGUGUCGCUUUGCGUAGUAGUUUUAACCGGCGCCGGUAUUGUGGUGUCUGUUGCAUAUCCUCAUGCAGAGUCGUGA